AUGGCCCAGAUCAAGCCUGACCCAGAUUAUAUCAAACCCGAUCCCGAUGAUAAGGACAUAGUCCUCCGCGAUGCCGACGAUGAGGACAUCUAUGAAGAUGCAGGAGACCUGGAUUUUUCGCUGGCGAAUCAAGAUCUGUGGCUCUCACGAAUUCCGCGGCAGUUAUGGGAAAAUUGGGCGAAUCUAGAUGACGACGAGGAAAUCGAAGUUGGAGUGAUGAGAGUUGAAGGUGAACUCAAUGAUAUCAAGCGGGUCAGCUUGCGAAUCCACGCUCGCCCCGACAACGAAGACAUUCCCAAAGACUACAUCCUGCAGCAACAAACAGUGAACUCCACAAACGCCUCUCAUAUGACACAGAACACAUAUCUUUUCACUGAAAAGGAUGUUCCGGGAGCAGAAAAUCGAAUGGCAGUGUUUGGCGAAACCCGUUCUGCUUUAUACGAGGCCAUGAAGCGUGACGCUCGUCGACGGGAACAGGGCAAGAAGUGGGAGCCGUAUGUGCGGAAGACUGUUCCCAAACAAACGGCGCUUCUUGGACAGGUCAGCCACGAGUUCAACUGCCUACCGGUGGAGAAUGAAGAGUUCCGACGAAUUUCAGAGGCCCGGGCCCUGGAGGCCUUAAAGCCCAAAAAGGAAACCGUCUUCAUUGAUAAGAUCCCCGGUAGACUCAUGCAGGCGCGUCAUGCCCUCCCAGUGGAGAAUACCUUUGUUCAAGCCACAAAGCCCCUCAAGGGCAAGUCACAAGAAAACAAGUCGAUCCGUAUGCCGCAGAACGAGCUUCUGGACAAGAUUUUCGAACUCUUCCGCCAAUACCAAUAUUGGCCGUUUAAACGCCUCAAGGACAAGCUGCAACAACCCGAAUCUUACCUCAAGCAGACCCUGGAGAUGGUCGCGCAUUUGGUUAAAUCCGGUGAUUUCGCCAUGACUUGGGAGCUAAAGCCAGAAGCGCGAGAGAGCAACUACGCUUCAACUGGCGUCAAGGCUGAACUACCGCCGGGCGCUGACAGCUUUGAGGAUGGUUCGGAGGAUGAGGUUAUGGCCUCUGGAGAUGAUUAA